GUUUUAGUUGGUGGCUACUGUCACUAGGGUAAGCCCAAGCUGCACAACGGCCAGUGGAGGAAAACGCAUUGAAAAGUCAAUUUGCUUUUAUUUUCCACCCAAAAUCUCACAGAAUGGCAGCAAUAGUACUUUUCGUGACAAUGCUAGAUGGAAAAAGACUAGCAAUAGAUGUAAAACCUGAAAUCACAGUAGAAGACUUUAAAGCCAAUAUAUAUGAAAAAGAAGGCAUCCCAAUUAAUCAACAGAGACUCUACUACGAGGGAAAAUUACUUAUGAAUGAAAACACACUCGCUUCCUACAACCUAGUCUCCGGAACUGUGUUACGAUUUAAGUUAUUUUCAAGGGGUGGAGGCUCACCUAUGUUUUUCCUCAGUGUGAUAAUGCCAUCAUGUAAGGUGAUACAAACGGUUGUUGAUGGAACAACAACCAUUGGUGAAGUGAUGAAAACCGUGCAGAGCGUUGAUCGAUCAGUGAGGACCAGCAACCAUCGCCUAAUGAUGGCUGGUAUGGCGAUGGACAACAACAAGACACUUGGCGAUUAUGGCAUCAUAUCCGAGUCAGUCUUAAGGGUGGAUAGGGUAGAAAGUACGUGCUCCUUUCUGUAAGAAGUUGUAAUAUGCAUAAAUGGAUACAGUACAAAAAUGCAAAUGUAUGAAUUAUGAAUAAAUAAAAAGAGAGAUUCUAUAUACACAGUAUAUAGGCCUACACACCUACAAAGAUACAUACAUACAUGUAUGUAAUAUAUAUAUUUAUAUAUAUGUAUGAAUAUAUAUAUAACAUAUAUAAAUAUAUAUAUAUAUAUAUAUGU